CCACAGAAACAUGAGGCCAAGAAAGUUUCUCUCUUCUUCUAACUUAUUAGAAGCCCCAAUGAACUUAGUAUCUUUCUCUGCACUUUAUGGCCUCCAUAGCUGCCCCUCAAGCUUCUUCAUAUUCACUCUUCUUGAGAAGCCACGGCAACCAUUCGCAUCAACUGCUAACAAGAAAAGCCAUAACAAGAAAUAAGAAGAAAAACAGCAACAACAACAAUGGUGGAUUUAGAGUUUUAGCAGAAACACAAGAGCCUCAAUCUCAAAGUAAGAGGCAACGAGCAACCCCAGGAGUGGACACAAGAAUCCAUUGGGAAAAUGAAGAAGAAGGAUGGAUUGGUGGAAGCAGUAAUUCUACUUCACAGAAACGGCUAGAAGAAGAAGAAGAAGAGCAGAGGAAGAGUUUAUUAGGUGAUAAGUUUGCUGAUUUGCUUAAUGAUACUUCUGGUUCUCAUUAUCAGUUCUUGGGUAUAUCAGUAGAUGCAGAUAUAGAAGAAAUAAAAGCAGCAUACAGAAGAUUAUCAAAAGAGUAUCAUCCGGACACAACUUCACUCCCACUAAAAGCAGCUUCAGACAAGUUCAUGAAACUAAGACAAGUUUAUGAUGUUCUAAGCAAUGAAGAAAAACGAAAAUUCUAUGAUUGGACACUUGCACAAGAAGCAGCUAGUCGCCAACAAGAGAAAAUGAGAAUGAAAUUGGAAGACCCAUAUCAGCAAGAUUUAGAUAACUAUCAAUCUGUUCCUGAUAUGGUUGAUAGACUUGGUGGAAGAAACAUGGAGCUCAGUGAUCAAGCUAUGUCUGCCCUUACUAUUGAUAUUUUGAUUAUCAUUUUUGCUAUUUGUUGUAUUAUUUACGUCGCUUUUUUUAAAGAAUCUUAUUAGUAACCAACAAGAUACUGGUUCAGAUAGUUAGCGACCUCGAUUCAUGUAAAUGUGAGAAUAAAAAUUUGAUCCGAGAAGCACAUUUUACUAAAAGGCUCAAACACCUUUAGGUCUAUGACUCGAGGGGAUUAAAUCUCUAAAUUAUAUAUAUAUAAAAAAAAAGAAACUCAUUAGUAGUUUUAUUAGUUA